AUGGAAUCCUUUCGUGUUACGACUGCCAAAUUAUUUAAUAUUCUCUUUUUGUGCGCGCUAACUUUUAAUUCGGCUACAACAGAACACAUCACAUAUGAUAUUGACAACGGCCUACAGGGUCAUAGUGGAUUAAGACCAUUAAUAAAGUUGCUGGAACAUGAGCGUUACCGGAGAGAGACUACAUUGGUGAACAACACAACCAGUACCAAUACAACAAGUACGAACUCAACAGCACCUGCUCCCAAUGCCACUGAUGCCACAAAUUUACCAUCUACUACAAAAGCAAAUAGUGUGUCCAACGAUACGAAUAAAACGACAACAGCGGACGCGAAUCCAUCGCACCUUCUUGGGUUUAACAACUCUGGAAUUUUACACGUGACGAUACCAAGCCAUGUACCGACAGUGAGCGAUCCUAUAACACCUAACGAUGAUACAAGCGAUGUUUUCAAAGAGACGACGGCAACUAUCAAGGCCAAAGAAAAUUUGACUGACGUAACAUUUGAUAGCCGUGUCUUCUACAAUAGCACUUUUAUUGGUAAUUUGGAGUUCUUUAACCAAUACUGGUCGAAUAUUACACAACAAAAGGCUGAAAUUCACGAUGUCCUCAGUAACUCACAUCGUCGUGCAACAACCAUAAAACUGUCCUUCGAGUUUCCAUUCUACGGCAACCCAGUGACGAACAUCACUGUAGCAACAGGUGGAUUUAUAUAUAUCGGGGAACAUGUCCACAACUGGCUUGCGGCGACGCAAUAUAUUGCACCGCUUAUGGCCAAUUUUGACACAACACUUGGCAACGACAGUGUCGUCAAACAAUACGACGAUGGUGAAAAAUUCGCUGUCUUCUGGGAAAAUGUGACACUGCAAGAGAAUUCAACCUCACCGUUUACAUUCGCUGUGGUUAUGUAUAAAAAUGGGGAUAUUGUAUUUGUAUACAAGGACAUACCGUUCCCCAUACAGAAUAUCAGUGAUAAGGAACAUCCAGUUAAGGUUGGCAUCAGUGACGCCUACCUCACCGGCCAAACAUACUUACAUGUAAGGCAUAAAACUAUUUACGAGUACCACCGUAUGUCGUUCAAGAACUACGAAAUCGCCAAUCACACUAUCUUGAAGCUGAUCGCUCUCCCCACCUGCCUUGGAUAUGAUACAUGUGAAGGCUGCGCGAACCACGACACUCAUUUUAACUGUUCCUGGUGUCCCCGUAUCAAUAAAUGCUCCAGCAAAACGGACAAGGUCAAACACGACUGGAUUAUGUACCAUUGUGAGGCGGUAGCGGUAACAGACGAAGUCGCGUGUCCAGCAAAAAUAGGUCAUCAACCCUCAGAUACUGUGAACACAGCGUACACCACAGAUAAUCGCUCGGGUGAUCAUUCACAAGAGGCGGCCCGCAAGUUGCACACCGAGGGUACUCCAGAUGUGCCGCCGAAUAAACCCCAUUCCGCUAUUGGCGGUGUUGUUGCGGCCUUUGUAGUGGUCACAUUGAUUUGCAGCUUUGUUGGAUGGAUGGUAUAUGCGUAUAAGAAUCCACUUUCCAGGAGCGGUCAAAUACUUAUUAGAUAUCGUCCCUCGCAGUGGAGUUGGCGACGCGGCGAAGCCCGUUAUACAGCGGCCACGAUACACAUGUAA